CGUCUCCCUAAUGCGUCUUGCACUUCCAAGUCAUUAAUUUGGCUUUAGAGUCACCUUCUGGUCAGCAAUUUGCAAGAAUCUAGUAUCUUGAGGUGAGGAAUGUCGUCGCAAUAAGCUCUUUCCCAGCAGAGGCUGUUCCUGGAAUCUAGACCGUCAUGGCCGGGUGAAAGCGCACAGACAGGACCAGAUGCCCAUGCACCUUGGAGGGCUGCGCCUUCCCGCGGAGCCUCCCCACAAACCGGUAUGUCGUUUCCCGGUGUUGUGGUUCUGUGUGGUCCCUGUCGUGAGUCAGACCAUUGGGGGAUUUUCCUGAGUCUGUGAGGCUGCUCGGCAAUUCUUCCCCCACCACCUUCUAGAUCUCGACCACGCGUCACACAAUAUUGCGCGACAAAAAAUAUUACUGACAAGAUGCCGCCAAAAGGAAAGAAGGGCCAAGAGAAGGGGAAAUCGGGCGAGGAGGAGCGCGAGGACCCACUUCAGGCAGUGAUACUCGCAGAUCCGUUCGAAACGCGCUUCAGUCCCUUCACACUCGAGCGACCAAGGUGUCUGCUGCCCCUCGCGAAUACCCCGCUUAUCGAAUACACGUUCGAAUUUCUAGCCAACGCCGGCGUCGAAGAAGUCUUCGUGUACUGCGGCGCACAUAGAGAACAGGUCGAGGACUAUAUCAACCAGUCAAUAUGGUCUGCGCGGUCGUCGCCUUUCUCCAAGUUGGAGAUUAUCCAGUCGACAUCACACUCCAUUGGCGAUGCGAUGCGGGAUCUGGAUAGCAAGAACUUGCUGGUUGGCGACUUCCUGCUGGUGUAUGGGGAUGUAGUCAGCAACUUACCGCUGGAAGGUGCGCUCGCUGCGCAUAGAGCGCGCAAGGCAAAAGACAAGAACGCGAUCAUGACGAUGGUGCUGCGCGAGGCGGGAACAAACCACAGGUCGAAGGCUAGAGGGGCAAGUCCAGUCUUUGUGAUUGAUCCCACAAAGGAUAGGUGUCUGCACUUUGAGCAGAUGCCAAAUCGGGACCAGACACAUUUCCUGUCCAUUGAUCCAGAGUUGCUGUCAGAGCAUCAGGAGCUCGAGGUACGGCAGGAUUUGAUCGACUGCGGAAUCGAUAUCUGUACACCCGAUGUGCUGGCACUGUGGAGCGACAACUUCGACUUCCAGGCACCCAGGAAAGGCUUCCUACACAGCGUGUUGAAGGACUACGAACUCAACGGCAAAACCUUCCACACCCACAUCAUCUCAGAUCACUACGCAGCACGAGUAAGGAACCUCCACCAAUACGACUCGGUGAGCAAAGACAUUGUGUCACGCUGGGCAUAUCCGUUAUGUCCCGAUAGCAAUCUCGUCCAAGGACAGUCGUACCGGUUACAGAAGGGCAACAUCUAUAAGGAGGAGGGCGUUAUUCUGGCACGCGACUGCGUCAUCAACUCAAAAUCAGUUAUCGGGAGAGGAACAAGCAUCGGUGACGGUAGCGUAAUCACCAACAGUAUUAUCGGUAGGCAUUGUCAGAUUGGUCGAAAUGUCCGAAUUGAUGGCGCCUAUCUCUGGAACUAUGCCAGCAUUGGCGAUGGCAGCACCGUAACACGAUCUGUCGUUGCAAAUGAGGCUUCGAUAGGGCGGAAGUGCAUCAUCGAACCGGGUGCGCUCAUAUCAUACGGAGUAGCCAUUGGAGACGGCCAGACUAUCCGAGGCGAAUCUAGAAUCACAAGAGCGAAACGGAGGCGAGAGCACGGCGACGACUUGUUCAGGGGAGAACCGGAUGUUGAAGUCGUUGGAAAAGGAGGCGAUGGCUUCGAAUUCCAGGAUUCCGACGAGGAAGACGAGGAUGAGGUCUUGGAUGGUCUUGUCUCAACAGGUUCAAUGUACAACGUCGCAAACGCCAACAUCUCCCAGGAAUCGAUAUCGACCUUAAACUCUGAGUCAGAAGUCGACUACUUCGUGGCACGGCAUGACAGAUCAGCAGCAAGCAGUUUCCUGUCCACUGGCUCCCAAGAUAGUCAACAUGCAGCAAACUUUGACCACGACGCGUCAGCAAGUAUCUACGAUUCCCUUGUCGAAGGCCACGAAUCCGCCAACAUUCAGCUCGAACUCACAGCUCUCCGCAUGAGCACCAACGCAUCAGACCACCAAGUCCGUCGCGCAGUCGUCACCUCGUUUGUAAAGCGUAUCUCGCAGCUCAUCAAGUCUGGGGAAUCUACCAAGAACGCCAUAGCUCAGGUUUUUGGCACACACAAGGAGCUCAUUGACCGUGCUAUCUUCGACAAAAGCCAGACAGACAAGCCAGACCAGGUUGACUUUAUGAUCUUACUACAGACGGAACUAAGCCAAAAGGAGAACGGUGACACAAUAUUGUUGACGGCAGCUACAAAGUUGGUCGAGUUGGAUGCUGUGGAGGAGGAGGGAAUGGUUCAGUGGUGGGAAGAUGAGAAGAGCGUUGAGGGAGAUGAGAUGAAGAAGGUGAGGGAGAAGACGGGGAGCCUGAUUGAGUUUUUGCAGCUGGAGAGUGAGAGUGAGGAAGAGAGUGAAGAGGACGACGAGGACGACGAGUGAUGGAUUGUAUGGUUGAUGAUACGAGAUUAUGACAAAACACGAGACUACAGGCUGCCCCAACUGAGACCAAUACGGUUCUAUGAUGUGAUACUUUUUACU